AUGUAUCAUCUGGCCAAGUCCCUGUACACCUACGCGACGAGCAAAGAAGAAUACUCCGUCCUUCUCCUUGGUCUGGAUAACGCCGGCAAGACCACGCUUCUCUCGCAGAUCAAAGCCCUCUACCAACCCCGUUCAGAUGGGGCACCCGCCCCCGACCCCGGCAAGACGGUCCCCACGGUCGGUCAGAAUGUCACUACCAUCUCCCUCUCCGACAUGAACCUGAAGAUCUGGGAUGUCGGCGGUCAGAUCUCCAUGCGCGGUCUCUGGCAAAGUUACUACUCCAGCUGCCAUGCCAUCAUCUUCGUUGUGGAUAGUACCGACGUCGGCCAGGACCCCGAUAUCUCUCGUCUCGCUUCGGUAUCCGGCCGCCAACCCAGCAUGAGUGCUGGGUCGGGCCCUGCACGCGGCAGCGUGAGUGCAGGCGAUCAGUUCUCCGAGCAAGCCAUUGGAAUCAAUGCGACCGGCAGUGAUUUUGGCCGAUUGGACGAAUGCCGACAGGUUUUGGAGUCGGUCCUGCAGAACGACGCGGUCGCCGGUGUGCCCAUCUUGGUGUUGGCCAACAAGCAAGAUCGGGAAGAUUGUGUGGAGGUCGUGCGCAUCAAGGAAGGGUUCGUGCGCAAGGUGUUUGAGGGCGACAAGGGGAGUCGGAUUCGAGACAGUCGUGUGCUGCCGGUCAGCGCCUUACUUGGAUCGGGGGUCCAGGCUGCCGUGGAAUGGGUGCAGAGUCGUGUGCGAUGGAACAAAGAGGGUCGCCCCCCAGUAAUGCGGUAA